AUGCGGAAUACCCUCAUAUUCGCUGGCAGCUCCUGCCCGAGCCUCACGAAUCAAAUCUGCUCGAAUCUGGGCAUGGCCCCCGCUGCCGUCGAGCUCGGGCAGUUUGCAAACGGCGAAACCAGCGUUAAGAUAAUGACCAGUAUUCGAGAGAAGGACGUCUUUGUUGUUCAAUCGGGCAGCAGUAGGAUCAAUGAUAGUAUUAUGGAGCUUCUCAUCCUGAUAUCUGCUUGCAAGGGAGGCUCCGCAAACAAGAUCACCGCUGUACUACCAUACUUUCCAUACAGCAGACAAUCCAAGAAGAAGUCUCAUCGUGGAGCAAUCACCGCGCGCAUGCUUGCGAACCUCCUACACGUUGCGGGGAUCAACCACGUUGUUACGAUCGAUCUCCACGCCUCCCAGAUGCAAGGCUUCUUCAAGUGCCCAGUCGAUAAUCUACAUGCCGAGCCUCUCAUUGCGCGAUGGAUUAGGCACAAUGUUCCCAACUGGUCUGAGGCCGUUUGUGUGUCCAAAAACCCCGGAGGCACCAAGAGAGUAACGUCCCUUGCGGAUGCUCUGAAACUCAACUUUGGGAUGGUCACGACAGAUAAGCGCAGGGCCGGAAACAUGAGUGCAAGUAUGAUUUUGAGCCAAGUGGAUGAAACCGACGUGGACGCCGACGUGAGCAAACUCGAAAUCGACGACGCAGAUGACGAAGCGCCCGUGUCGAAGUCAGGAAAGAAGCCCAUACCCAGCAAGUUACAGAUUGGCCAGGACGACCAAAAAUCAGAGUCCUCGAAGUCUAUUACCAGUCCUUCACGGCGAACACAUUCGCGUCAAGACAGCCAGCAAUCUUCUCGAAAAUCUCAAAAUAUGCCUUCUCCUCUACGCGCAGCACACAAAGGUUCUCCUCUUGUACGCUCAGCGAGUACUCCUGCGGUUGAUUCGCCAAUCGAGGAAGAAGUGGGUGAAGGUAAUGACUACACAGAUGAACGAGCUCGAGAAGUCAUUCAUGGCCGACUGAUCCAUGGCCAUAUUGUACCCGAUGACUAUCCUUCUCCGACGAUGUCCGCAAUGUCGAACUCUAUGAUCCUCGAGCGACCGGAAGAUGAUCCAAUGGAGAUGUCAAGAAACUCUUCAUUUUUCAAUCCCGAACCGCAUAUACUCGGCGGUAGCGCAGACGCCGCGGCAAGCUCAGACGAGGAAGAGCAAGGCUUCAAUGAUCCAAGACUGGAGCAAAUGAUUACCCUUGUAGGCGAUGUCCGGGGUAGAACAGUUUUUAUCGUAGACGACAUGAUCGACAAGGCAGGCAGCUGGAUUGCCGCAGCCGAGUGCGUCGUCAAGCGGGGCGGUGCAAAGAAAGUUUACUGCAUUGCCACUCAUGGUUUGUUCGGUGGUGAAGCUCUCCAGGAACUCCAAGAGUGUGAUUGCAUCGAUUUGGUAGUAGUCACAAACUCCUUCCCCAUAAACCCGGAGAAGGCGCGAAGAACCAGCAAGCUGGUGGUCCUGGAUCUCUCGAAUCUACUUGCUGAAGCCAUUCGAAGGAACCACUAUGGCGAAUCCGUCUCUGCUCUUUUCGCUCACAGUAACGAUUAG